GAAAAAGUAUCAUCCGACGUAACUUCUGAGGCCUGCUCCAUUUCUCUUCCAUUGUAUACGCCCUCCUUACAAGCUGAUAUAGAUCCUGAUGUCUCAUCAAAUCUGUCUGCCAAAGCCUACUUUUCUUCACCUGUCUCGAAGAUAGAUAAAUCUCACAAGCCGAUUAUUUAUCGACCUGAAGAUAUCGCUCGUCUUCUUGACAGGAGCCGAAUGACAUGGGAGUCUACGGAUCGUCCUCCAGGACUACUAGAUGAUGAGAAUAAUGGCAGCUCUGCUACUACAGCAAUGGCCUCUAGUGGUGUUUUAGCGGAGUCGGCCGAAACCACCUCGGUCUAUGACUUUUUCGCAGGCACCUUCAAGGUCGCCCAUUUCGACGAUGUGCCAUCAGCUAAUGCGGUGGAUCGAGUCUGUGGUACUUUGGCAAAGCAAUCUGAAGCUGACGAGGAAGAAACAGGCGCCCAGGAAGGACGUGAGGAUGGCGAUACCGAAGAGUGUAAACAGUUAGCCGAGAAUGUUGACAAAUCUCAGUCUUCGAUUUCAUCUUCCUCAUUUUGGGAUCGUCUCCUUCGGGAGCGCUACCAGCGACUUGUCAGCCUAGAGCAAGAACGCCAUCGCGAGCGGCGCAUCAUCACAUACACACAUGGUGUUCCAAUGGAGAUAACUGAGCCAGUCAGUCCGUCGACUGCCAAUGGCAGUGGCUGCACCGGUAUGGAGGCUGAUGAAAUAAAUGAGGCUAAAGCAGAAGCCAAGCCUGCAGAACUGUUCUCUCGUCGAGCAAAGUCGGGACGCAGCUUUCUAUUUCCUCUUGGGCGAACAAAUUUAGUGGAUAACGGGUUUGGUAUUGAUUAUGAGGAAGAAGAAGAAGAAGACAGAAUGGAAGAUGAAGAUGCUGAUUUGCGCUUAGUUAGGCGAAUACAACGGCCUUCACGAACCGGUGUUGUCAGUGGUUAUGGAGGCGAAGGCACAAAUCAACGACGUCUAGCAGACCGGUCCUGGGGUUUGGCCUCCCAGCGUAAACUACUUGGCUUGAAGGAUAUCAGCCGGACUAGAGAUAGUGACGAGGAUUGGACACCGCCGGGCGCCGAAUUGGGAGAGGCAGAUGAUGAUGACGAUGAUGAGGAAUGGAUGGCGGAAGAAUAUCCUGCUGUACCCAGGCGUUUCAGUGAUCAGGUCAAGCUAGGCAGGACUGCGGGGAUGCAAAACAGAAUGGCCAAACAUAAGAAAAACGCAAUGACGACUUAG